UUGACUCCAGGAAGGUUCCAUCUUGGUUAAGGGCAGGAGUCCCUUACGGACUUGUCUGAGGAAAGGCAGGAAAGCGCCAGCAUCUCUAUCUUUCCCGAAAGCCUCCCUUUGCCAGGCACAAAGGGUUUCCCAUGGGGCCGCCCCUGGCGCCGCGCCCGGCCCACGUACCCGGGGAAGCCGGGCCCCGGAGGACGAGGGAAAGCAGGUCAGGCGCCGUGAGCUUCGCGGACGUGGCCGUGUACUUCUCUCCCGAGGAGUGGGGCUGCCUGCGGCCAGCACAGAGGGCCCUGUACCGGGACGUGAUGCGGGAGACCUUCGGCCACCUGGGCGCGCUGGGAUUUUCAGGUCCCAAACCCGCUUUUAUCUCGUGGGUGGAAGGAGAAGUGGAGGCGUGGAGCCCAGAGGCCCAGGAUCCCUACCGUGAGAGCUCUGCAGCUUUCAGCAGGGGCCAAGGACAGGAAGCAGGAUCCAGGGAUGGGAAUGAGGAGAAGGAAAGGCUGAAGAAGUGUCCAAAACAAAAAGAGGUGGCGCAUGAAGUGGCUGUCAAGGAGUGGUGGCCCAGCGCCGCCUGCCCAGAGCUAUGCAACCCUAGGCAGAGCCCCAUGAAUCCCUGGCUCAAGGACACUCUGACCCGAAGACCGCCCCACUCUUGCCCAGACUGUGGCCGCAACUUCAGCUACCCUUCCCUCCUGGCCAGCCACCAGCGGGUCCACUCCGGGGAGCGACCCUUCUCCUGCGGCCAGUGUCGGGCGCGUUUCUCCCAGCGCAGGUACCUGCACCAGCAUCAGUUCAUCCACACCGGCGAGAAGCCCUACCCCUGCCCCGACUGCGGGCGCCGCUUCCGCCAGAGGGGUUCCUUGGCUAUCCACAGGCGGGCUCACACCGGGGAGAAGCCUUACGCGUGCUCAGACUGCAAGAGUCGCUUCACUUACCCCUACCUGCUGGCCAUCCACCAGCGCAAGCACACUGGCGAGAAGCCCUACAGCUGCCCCGAUUGCAGCCUCCGUUUCGCCUACACCUCCCUGCUGGCCAUCCACAGGCGCACACACACCGGCGAGAAGCCCUACCCCUGUCCUGACUGCGGCCGUCGCUUCACCUACUCUUCCCUCCUCCUCAGUCACCGGCGCAUUCACUCCGAUAGCCGGCCCUUCCCCUGCGCGCAGUGUGGGAAAGGCUUCAAGCGCAAGACCGCCCUGGAAGCCCAUCGGUGGAUCCACCGCUCCUGCAGCGAGAGGCGCGCGUGGCAGCAGGCCGUGGUGGGGCGUUCAGAGCCCGUCCCUGUUUUGGGAGGCAAGGAUCCCCCAGUUCACUUCCGGCACUUUCCAGAUAUAUUUCAAGAGUGUGGGUGAUGGCGUUCACACAAACUGGUCAGCGUUUCCCUAGAGAGGAAGAGGCAAGGUUUGUGCAUUUGGGGGAUAAGGAAAGGAAGUGGGCGUUUGAGGAAAACAAAGUUCUGCCUUAGGAAAAAAGCAGAGGUAGGGGCACAGAGGGCUGUAGGGAGAAGGAGGCAGGAAUCUGAAAAGGUGCCUGGGGGUUGACCCCAUUUUCUGAAGCUCCAGCACACGUGUUCCAUGUCCCAUCCUUCACUGAAAACCAUUCACCUAACUGGCUUUUCCUUCAUGAUUGUUCUCUCCCUUGUAGCUCUCUACUUUUUGGCCUGUAUCUCUCCUACUCCUCUGAGAUGGGGUCCCCUACAUUCCAGUGCCUAUUAAAGGAGGCUGCACCCACUCUGGACCCCCUAGAAUAGAGGGGAUACCUCGGGCCUGUCCCUCGGCGGGUGGCAGGGGGAGCUCAUCCCAGGAUUCUUUUUUUUUUUUUUUUGAGAUGGAGUCAUGCUCUGUCGCCCAGGCUGGAGUGCAGUGGCGUGAUCUCGGCUCACUGCAACCUCUGCCUCCUGGGUUCAAGCAAUUCUCUGCCUCAGCCUUCCGAGUAGCUGGCAUGCGCCACCAGGCCCAGCUAAUUUUUGUACUGUUAGUAGAGACGGGAUUCCGCCAUCUUGGCCAGGCUGGUCUUGAAUUCCUGACCUCGUGAUCCAGCCGCCUCGGCCUCCCAAAGUGCUGGGAUUACAAGUGUGAGCCACCGACCCCUGCCGAGGAUUCUGCCUUUUACCAAUGCAGGUGAAACAUCUGGCAAGGAGACACCUGGAGUGUAGAUGUUCCUUGGUCUUGAAGACCUAGAGGUGGCCAUAGAGAGGACAGUGGCCUCAGGUGGGGAGCUCUCCCGCCCCGCUUUCAUUCAGCAAGUGCACAAACUAUCAAACCUAAUGGACUCUGGAACUGGGCCAACUCUUCACUGUAUGCAUUAGUGAUUGCAGUGUUUUUUUCUUCUUCAGAUAUUUGCAUGUUCCCUGGAUUUUGUAUUUUUUGAUAAAGAUAUAUUCUUGGGCCACAGUAGCUGGAGAUAUAAUAUAAUGCUGGAGGAUUCUUUUUUUUGAGACAGAGUCUGUCUGUCGCCCAGGCUGGAGUGCAGUGGCCCAAACUACACUCACUGCAAGCUCCACCUCCCGGGUUCACGCCAUUCUCCUGCUUCAGCCUCCUGAGUAGCUGGAAUUAAAAGCACCCGCCACCACGCCUAAUUUUUUGUAUUUUUAGUAGAGACGGGGGGGGGGUUUCACCGUGUUAGCCAGAAUGGUCUCGAUCUCCUGACCUCGUGAUCCUCCCGCCUUGGCCUCCCAAAGUGCUGGGAUUACGGGCGUGAGUCACUGCACCCGGCCUCUUUUUUUUUUUUUGAGAUGGAGUUUCGCUCUUGUUGCCCAGGCUGCAGUGCAAUGGCAUGAUCUUGGCUCACUGCAACCUCCACCUCCCAGGUUCAAGCAAUUCUCCUGCCCCAGCCUCUUGAGUAGCUGGGAUUACAGGCACCCACCACCAUGCCUGGCUAAUUGUAUUUUUACUAGAGACGGGUUUCACCAUGUUGGCCAGGCUGGUCUCCAAUUCCUGACCUCAGGUGAUCCACCCGACUUGGCCUCCCAAAGUGCUGGGAUUACACUUUUUUUUAAAAAAGAAAGAAUAAAUUAAUUGUGAUUAAAGUUGAAAUCAAGGCAUAGUCUUUCCAGUCUAAUUUUUACUGUAAUGCUUGUAUGUCAACAGUUAAGAAGGGCGGGUGCGGUGGCUCACGCCUGUAAUCCUAGCAGUUUGGGAGGCUGAGGAGGGUGGAUCACUUAAGGUCAAGAGUUCAAGACCAGCCUGGCCAAUAUGGUGAAACCCCAUCUCUACUAAAAAUACCAAAACAAACAAACAAAAAAACGGCCGGGCAUGGUGGCUCACACCUGUAAUCCCAGCACUUUGGGAAGCCGAGGCAGGCAGAUCAGGAGGUCAGAAGAUCGAGACUAUCCUGGCUAACAUGGUGAAACCCCCCGUCUCUACUAAAAAUACAAAAAAAUUAGCCAGGCGUGGUGACGGGCGCCUGUAGUCCCAGCUACUUGGGAGGCUGAGGCAGAACGGUGUGAACCCGGGAGGCAGAGCUUGCACUGAGCUGAGAUCGUGCCACUGCACUCCAGUCCGGGUGACAGAGUGAGACUCUGUCUCAAAAAAAAAAAAAAAAAAAAAUUAGCCGGGCGUGGUGGCAUGCACCUGUAAUCCCAGCUUCUUGGGAGGCUGAGGCAGAAGAAUGGCUUGAACCCAGGAGGUGGAGGUUGCAGUGAGCCAACAUAGCGCCAUUGCACUCCAGCCUGGGCAACAGAACAAGACUCUAUCUCAAAAAAAAAAAAAAAAAAAGGCCUGGUGUGGUGGCUCAUGCCUGUAAUCCCAGCACUUUGGGAGGCCGAGGCGGGCGGAUCACGAGGUCAGGAGAUCAAGACCAUCCUGGCUCACAGGGUGAAAUUCCAUCUCUACUAAAAAUACAAAAAAUUAGCCGGGUGUGGUGGCGGGCACCUGUAGUCCCAGCUACUGGGGAGGCUGAGGCAGGAGAAUGGCGUGAACCCAGGAGGCGGAGCUUGCAGUGAGCCAAGAUCGUGCCACUGCACUCCAGCCUGGGCAACAGAGCAAGACUCCAGUCUCAAAAAACAAAACAAAACAAAAAACAACAGUUAAAGAGAAUUCUUUCUGGCCCAUUUAGAUCUGCUAGCCCUACUUUUGAAGAGGAAACUUUUGAAGGAAUGAACAAAAGAGGUAGGUGGGACUAAGCAUUUCUGCAUUCCAGGACUGGUGGUCAGUGACUCAAAUAUCUCUCUGAAAAGACUGCUUCUUUGAAUCCUUGGGUUCCAAGAUAAUUAUUAAUGGGAACUGGGGCUGGGCGCAGUGGCUCACACCUGUAAUCCCAGCAUUUUGUGAGGCUGAGGCUGGUUAAUCACUUGAGGUCAGGAGUUUGAGACCAGCCUGGCAAUAUAGUGAAACCCCAUCUCUACCAAAAAAUUAGCCAGGCGUGGUGGCACAUGCCUGUAGUCCCAGCUACUCAGGAGGCUGAGGCAAGAGGAUGACCUGAGCCUGGGAGACAGAGGUUGCAGUAAGCUGAGAUCGCUCCAUUGCACUCCAACCUGGGCUACAAAGCAGGACUCUGUCUCAAAACAAAAACAGAAACAAAAACUGGGAACUGGGUGUUAUCUUUACUUCACCACAUAGCCUGUCCUGAAUUGGUAGACCUGGAUUCCUAGCUUGGCUCAGUCUGCACUGGCUGUGUGGUCUUUAGCAUCACCUAUAUUCUACAAAUAACAUUUUUCUCUAUUUGUUUUACACAUGUCAAUCUGCGUAUCUAUCCCUCUAUCCAUGCAUUUAUCCAUUUUAUUAAUGUAUUUCAAAGUAAGUUGCAGACAUCAUUACAUUUCACUUCUAAACACUUCAGCAUACAGCUGAGUUUUAUGCAAGAAACUUCAGCUCUUAGCUGAUUACACACCUAUAAUCCCAGCACUUUGGGAGGCUGAGGCAGGAGGAUUGCAUGAGUUUGGGAGUUUGAGACGAGCCUGGAAAACAGCAAGACCUCAUUUCUACUAAAAAUUUUAAAAAUUAGCCGAGCAUGGUGGGGGAGGCUGAAGAAGGAGGACAGCUUGAGCCCAGGAGUUUGAGGCUAUAGUAAGCUAUGAUGGCGCCACUUCAGUCUGAGUAACAGAGCAAGACACUAUUAAAUAAAAAGAGCCAGGCGCGGUGGCUCACGCCUGUAAUCCCAGCACUUUGGUAGGCCAAGGUGGGCAGAUCACCUGAGGUCAGGAGUUUGAGACCAGCCUGACUAACAUGGAGAAACCCUGUCUCUACUAAAAAAAAGAAAUACAAAAUUGGCCAGGCAUGGUGGCAUAUGCCUGUAAUCCCAGCUACUCGGGCGGCCGAGGCAGGAGAAUCGUUUGACCCUGGGAGGCGGAGGUUGCAGUGAGCCAAGAUCAUGCCAUUGCACUCCAGCCUGGGCGACAAGAGCGGAACUCUGUCUCAAAAAAGAAAGAAAGAAACUUCAGCUCCCACUUAAAGUUCAGUUGUACUCUGUUAUUGACAAGUCUAUUGAAGCCCGGUCAUCUCCUCUAUGUUUUGUGACUUCUAAUAAUCUGAUCAAGAGUCUUGAAGAAACAUUUACAAUUUGAGGGGCAAUAAAAUAAUUUGAAAGCAA